GUAGUCUCAUUCAGCUCUAAAAAAAUUAAACUUGUAAGUCAACGCGAUUAACAGAUAUGGCUGUGGCUGUCGUAUGAUUUCGCAUAUUUGAAAUUUCACAAAGGAAUAAAAACGUACAAGGUACAUCUCGUUGACUUGGAAUAAUGAAACUUGGCAAGAAGUAAUGUUUUACAACACAUACAAAUGAAACAAUCUGAAUACCUUAAAUAUGUUUUUAAUAACAAAAAAACAGCGAAUUUACUUACUAUUACAAACUUAUUUUUAGCGGUUGGUGCAAAUAAACCAUGUCUAGGGAUCGAAAGGCAAAGUUAAAGCUAAUCUGAGACUCUGCCCUUGCACUGUAUAUCGAAGAGAAUAUAAUCACUACGUUUUAUAUAAAUUAGAUGAAAUGAAAAUGUAUGCCUUACUGGGAAAAUAUGUUAAUUUAAAAAGUAUUGUUUGAAAACUUACAUAUUUAUUUUUUCAUCAGUGAUUUUAUUCCACUCAUCUAUACUAUUAUAUAAAGCUGAAGAGUUUGUUUGUUUGAACGCGCUAAUCUCAGGCACUAAGUACUGGUUCGAAUAAAAAAAAUAUUCUAUCUGGAUAGCCUAUUAACCGAGGAAGCCUAGAGGCUAUAUUAAUUAACUAGCUUUAACACAUUAUGACCAAUAGGAGCGCAGCAUCAAUGGAAAAUGUUGCGAAAACGGGAAAAAUGUAUUCCUUUUGAGAGCUUCCGUUGCGUGCGCUGCGUAAACGGUUAAAGUUGACGUUGAAACAAACAUGUAUGACGGAAUUGUUUCUCUUAAAAAGUGAUAAACAUAAUAUAUCAUACAACAAAAUCCCCAGCCGUAUAUGUCUGCCUGUCUAAACGCGAUAAACUUGAAAACUACCCAAUGGAUUUCAAUGAAAUUUGGUUUAGAGAUAAUAAGAUCCUAGAAAAACCUACUUUUUAUACUUACUCAUUUAUGGUAAAAUAAUCCCGCAAAAUUUGUGGUUCUGACUUCUACGGGUGAAAAUGUUUAGGGAGAAGGGGCAAUUAAACAAUGUCUCUAUUCUAUUUGCUACAAUAUCUAUAUAUUUUCCUAUAUGUGAAAUUCAACAAUGGCAAAAUCUUUAAAAGGGAAUUAUUCGAGGAUUUCUCUAUUGUGUUUUACAAAGACUUAUUCAUGCUCUGAAACUUAAAUGUGGUAUACACCUGUAAAGGCAUUUCAUACGAUAAAAAUACUCGUAUUGUUUUAUAUCGUUAUAUUCUUUUGUGUCGUUAGUCUAACAUGGUAACUAAUAAAUAAAAUAAAAGACAUUCCACUGGCAAUACUAAACACCAAAAUGUCAUUUAUAUUAAUUGUCAAAUGUUACAACUACAAGUCAAAAAGUACCUACCUAUUGAAUAAUGUAUUUUUUUGAUUAUCUUUUUUGAUAACAAAAAAAGUUAUUGAUUAAGUAUUAGAUUUUCUUUAUAUUUUCUUUAGAUUCCAAAGUGUAUAUAGUAAAUAAAAUUUAUUGGUUAUAAGUGUCAAGGUAAACCAUGGCAGAGGAACUGAAACCAGUUAACGAGGAUGAUUUUAAACAGCUAAAAGAACGCAUGAGCUUAAUUGCGAGUGCAGAUCCGGCACAAUAUCAUAAUGAUUUUUCGCUUAAGAGGUAUUUAAGAGCUUUCAAGACGGUCGACGCAGCCUUCCAGGCUGUAAUAAAGACUAAUAAGUGGAGAUCGGAAUAUAAAGUAGCAGAUCUACAAAAUGAUAAUGAACUUAUAGCAAAAUAUUCAGACAAAGCCAGGGUACUCAGACACAGGGACCUUGUGGGACGUCCUAUAGUGUACAUACCUGCAAAGAACCACAGCUCCAGUGAUAGGAAUAUUGAUGAACUAACUAAAUUCAUUGUGUAUUGCCUGGAAGAUGCAAGUAAAAAAUGUUUUGAGGAAGUUGUGGAUAAUUUGUGCAUUGUAUUUGACCUGAACAAUUUCACCUUGUCAUGUAUGGACUACCAAGUUCUGAAGAAUUUAAUCUGGCUCUUGAGCAGACACUUUCCGGAAAGGCUUGGUGUGUGUCUCAUAAUUAAUGCUCCAACAUUUUUCUCUGGAUGUUGGGCGGUAAUAAAAGGAUGGUUGGAUGAAAACACCGCAGGAAAAGUAACUUUUGUAAACUCUGAGAUGGACCUCUGCAAGUACCUGAUACCUGAUAUCUUACCUACAGAUAUGUAACUGAUUAGAUAAUAUAUACCAAUCUUAUCAUAUAUCUACAGUUUUAGAUUAUAUAUGUAUAGGUAUAGUUUGUGUCUAUGUAUAUGAACUUGAGAUAUAAUUUGAUGACUAAAAUACAUAUAAAAAUUAAAAAUAUAUAUAUAAUAUUGAUGGGUGCAAAAAACGUAAUGUUAUCAACAAACUCGAGAAUUUUCUAUUUUAAUGAAUUUUUUCUUUAAUUGGCCUCCUGGUAAAGUGAAAAUUUACCAGUUUUAAAAAGACUUUACACCUAUCAAUAUUAGUCAAGAAAAUAUGCUAGCAUCAGAUUCAUGAUAAACCAUACACCAACAUCAAGUAAGAUUGUAUUUGCAUGUAUAUUGCUAAAAACAUUAAAAUAAUAUAAAUUUAUUUCUAACAUCACUUAAAAUCUAUAAAAUAUUUUUGAUAUAUUAAUAAAGGUUGGAAACCCUAAGGCCCCAUUAUCUCACAUAAUACCGGUUAUUUAAAAAAAACAUCGUAAUUUGUUCACAAAAAAACUAAGAUUACUCUACUGUUAAAACUUUGCGUUGUUCUAUGAGUUUCCUGUCAUAUCGUACUUAUCAUCACUGAACACUGUUUGAACUUCGAACUGGAGGUUAUCAAUGAUUUUUUAUAUA